AUUAACGAGUGUAAAAAUAUUUAAUGUCAAAAUUAUUUUAAGAAAUAACUUUUGUAAUUGAAUAUCAUUUAAAGUUGAUAAGAUAAAUGCACCUCAUUAGGAGUGAGUGAUCCUCUCAUAUCAUUUUUGUUUUUCAACCAAACCAACCAUGUCAUCUUCCCAAAGUCUGAAAAUUGGCAUAGUUGGGUUUGGCACCUUUGGCCAAUUUCUUGCAAAUACAAUGAUCAAACAAGGUCACACUCUAACUGCAACUUCUCGUUCAGAUUACUCAAAACUCUGUCUCCAAAUGGGUAUCCGUUUCUUCAGGGAUAUCACAUCAUUCCUUGAUGCUGACAUGGAUGUCAUAUUGCUAUGUACAUCUAUCUCAUCAUUAUCUGAGGUUGUCGGAUCAAUGCCACUCAAUUGUCUUAAGCGACCAACGCUUUUUGUUGAUGUUCUUUCAGUAAAAGAGCACCCAAAGAACCUUCUAUUAAGAGUUCUGCGAGAGGAGUCAGACAUACUCUGCACGCACCCAAUGUUUGGAAAAGUGAGUGGGAAAAGUGGCUGGCAAAAUCUGACUUUCAUGUAUGAGAAAGUUCGAAUAAGGGAUGAAGUUACCUGCUCUAAAUUUCUCCAAAUUUUUGCAAGUGAGGGUUGCAAGAUGGUAGAAAUGUCCUGUGAGGAACAUGAUAAAGCAGCUGCGAAGAGCCAAUUUAUCACACACACAAUAGGCAGGGCAUUGGCAGAAAUGGAUGUCAAACCCACCCCUAUUGACACUAAGGGCUUUCAGGCACUUGUUCAAUUGAAAGAACCUGUCAUGGGAUGUAGUUUUGAUCUGUAUAGUGGAUUAUUCAUGCACAACAGAUUCGCCAGACAGGAGCUGGAAAACCUUGAACAUGCCCUACACAAAGUCAAAGAGAUGCUGGUCCAAAGGAUGAAUGAAGGACAGAGCCCAGAAAGAACUGAAAGCUGAUGCAUAAUAUGUUUCGUGAAGAAGACAUAUGGGCGAACUAUUUAUUUCAAAUUUCCUCUUGUAAUUCCUGCCAUAUAAAUUGCUCUCAGUUUUCUUGUUACCGAAUCUAAGUUUGGAAAGAAAAAAAACAGAGAGGACUGGUAUAUGUUCAAUUACUUGUAAUAAAGAUGUUCCGACAAUUUGGUUGAAAGCAAAUACAAAGUAAUUUCAGAAAGUUUAAAUAAAAAAACAGAUUUUUAGUA